AUGGAUAGUGCUUCACAAAUGUUCUUUGACGAGCUUGAUCGCCGGUUUGUGCCCACCGGAGCACAGUUCGAUGUGACGCAGUGGAUGAAAUCUCUAUCCUACGAUACAAUGGGCUUGAUGACAUUCUCCCGGCCAUAUGGCUACGUUCAGCAUGGGAGAGACUUACACGGCAUCAUGGACGACGUGCGUGGGAAAAGAGGGACUCGGCACAACGAAAGUGCGUUGGCGAGGGCUAUCUCGUGUUCUGGCUGGGUCUAG